AUGUCGUCUAUGACUUUAUCAAGAGAACAAAGGUACGAUCGUCAGUUGCGUCUCUGGGGCGAUCGUGGCCAAGAAAAGUUGGGGAGUGCAAAUGUAUGCGUACUGGGAGCGAAUGCAGUUGGAUCCGAACUUCUUAAAAAUUUGGUAUUACCCGGUAUCGGUGGAUUCACCAUCGUGGACGAUGCCGUUGUCACGAAGAAAGACUUGGGUAGCAAAGCGCAGGUCGUCACAGAAUAUCUUUCUGAAAUGAACACAGAAGUCCGUGGAAAAUUCUUAGUUGAAAAUCUCGAUAAUUUAAUAGAAAACGAUCCUAGCUUCUUUCUAGGCUUUGACGCCAUAGUCUAUACAAACAUUCUUGAGAGCCAACUUCUUCGAAUAAGUAGGAUCGUUUCCCAAGCCCACAUUCCGAUCAUUAUCUGUGUCAGCGUUGGCUUUAUUGGUCUCCUUCGUGUCUCUGUUCAAGAGCAUGCUAUUAUUGAGUCACAUCCCGACUCAACCAAGCCGGAUUUUCGACUUGACAGCCCUCCGGAGGCCUUUGUUCGUUUGGUCAAUGACCCUGAAAACGAUUUGGAUUCUCUUCCUGCCACCCAACUGUCUCAAGUUCCCUGGCUCAUCAUUAUUUACAAGUAUCUUUCGCAUUUUCAACGCGAGAACGGUCGAUUCCCAACAUCAUAUUCAGAUAAGCAAGAAGUCCGUAAACUAAUAAAUGCAGCUGCCGAUUCUCUUUUGGAAAAGUGCCGUUCUCGUGGCGAAACUAUAGAGCCGAAUUUCGAACUGACAAAUUUUCAAGAGGCAUCAAGAGCUGUGAACACGGCUAUUUCUGAGACGAAAAUCCCACCGGAGGUUCUCCAAAUAUUCGAAGAUUGUCGAUGUCAAUGUUAUGGAAGUUCCGACGAUCGAUUGACCCCGGAUCGAUCGUCAAAGUCGACGAGCUCUGUGGUGAACCUGACGAUGUCGUCAUUUUGGAAAAUGGUCGGUGCAUUGAAGGAAUACACUAUGAACGAGGGUGGUGGAAACCUACCUCUUCGUGGAGAUCUUCCUGACAUGACCUCUAGUUCGAGUCGCUACUUGAAGCUCCUAGGAAUCUACAGAGAAGCCGCUGAAACAGCUGUGGAACACCUGGCGUCCCGACUGUCUCAUAUGGAUGAAUUGCGUUUGGAGGACGUGAGGCUUCUGGCGCACAAUGCUGCCUACUUGCGUGUGAUCAGGUGUCGAUCGCUCGAAGAGGAGCUCAAACUAUCGCCAGCUCGCUCUGAUGACUUGCAUUUAAUUCCUGCGCAUGAGGAGAACGACGCCAUGUUGUGGUACUUCAUGCUGCGCGGUGCGGCCAGCUUUUACUCCGAGCACGGGAGGUGGCCGGGCAGCCCGUGUGGUGCAUCGACUCCGACGGUGGCCACCGCUGAGGGUGGCGAUCACCAAUUCGCUCCCCACAUCGUGGAGCUCGACAUGCCUUGUCUGAGAGGCCACGUGAAUCGUGUCCUUACGGCUAGUGGGGUGGCUGUGAACCGAGUCUCCGACGACUUCGUGCACGAGAUGUGUCGCUUUGGAGGCGGUGAAGUUCACUCCAUUGCUGCCUUCAUGGGAGGCAUCGCAGCUCAGGAAGUUAUCAAACUCAUCACUCACCAGUUCGUACCCAUCUGCCAGCCCCUUAUUUACAACGCAAUCACCCAACGGGUAGCUCUUUUGGAGUUUUAA